CGCGCCUAGGGCUGAGGCGAGUACGAGAUCUGCCGCUCGCCGUCUCUCGGCUCCGCUCGGGAGGAGGAGGAAGAAGCGAAGCGUCUUUGGCGUCGUUAGUUCCAGCACCCGUCGCUUCACUCCACUUUACAUUAAGCUCGGCGGCGCCGCGGCACCGUGCGCGUUUCUCCCGGGACAUCCCCCUCCAACCAACCAUCCUUACCGAGCUUCGUUUACGCGAAUGAACGUUUGUGUUUGAGUGGCCAAGAUUCUCCCCCAACAUGUUUGGGCAAAACAAGCCCUUUGGAAGCACCUUCGGUUCCACUUUUGGUGGAAACGCCUCCACGUUUGGACAGACUUCUAAUGCAGGGGGCUUUGGAAGUUUUGGAGCAGCGGGGUUUGGCGCAGCCCCUGCCGGAGGAGGGAUGUUUGGGGGCACCAGUCAAACAAAGCCAGCCGGGCUGUUCGGUGCGGGUGCUUUCGGACAGGCACCUGCAAAUGCCACCAGCACAUCAGGGUUUGGCGCUGCUACCUCCGCUGCUGGAAAUCCGUUCAGCUCCAGCCUCUUCUCAACACCACAGACCAACAAUGCAGCAAACACCGGAGGAUUUGUUCAGAACAAACCAGCUGGCUUUGGAGGGUUUGGAGCCAACCCAGGAACCGGUGGGCUUUUUGGCACUACCACGGCCACAGUAACCCAAUUUGGAGCCAGCACAGCCACUGGAGGAGCUUUUGGAGGGUUCAGCGCCCAAGCCACGAAAGGAACAACAAUAAAGUUCAUUCCGGUCGAGGGCACUGACACGAUGAUGAAGAAUGGAGCUAGCACCACCAUCCGUACCAAGCACCAGUGUAUCACUGCUAUGAAGGAAUACGAGACCAAGUCGCUUGAGGAGCUGCGCCUGGAGGACUAUACGGAUAAUCGCAAGGGAUUGCAGGCUGGGGCUUUGGGGGCAGCAGCCACAGGAAGUUUGUUUGGAGCGGCUGCCACCCCUGUCAAUCAGACGGGUGGUCUCUUUGGAACGGCAGCUACUGCGCCAGCAGCAGCCACUGGCUUUGCGUUUGGCCAGCCCAAACCUAACGCGUUUGGCACAGGGGCAGCGUUCAGCGCAUCAGCGUCAACAGGAGGUGGCCUGUUUGGCAAUACUCAGGCCCAGCCGGGGGCUGCGGCUGCUGGCGCCGGAGGUGCUGCGGCAGGGGUCGGCACGGGCGUGUUCAGCAAGCCAUUUGGAGUGGCCACCGCAACCACGCAGGCCUCCGGAUUUUCUUUUAGUGGAGCUGCCACCGCCACACCUUUCGGCCAGGCCAACCCCACGACAGGAGGUUUGUUUGGCGCUGUGGGAGCGUCACGCCCGGGAGGGCUCUUUGGGACCGGCACAGCGACCACAGCCACGGCUGGUGCAGGAUUUGGCACAGGAGGGGCUUUUGGUGUGGCGGCCCCCGCCUCUACUGGACUCUUUGGUGCCACUCAACAGAGUUCUGGUUUUGGUGCGACUGGAGCGACGUUAUUUGGCAACAAGCCAGCAGGAUUUGCUGCUCCAGCUACCAGCACUGCCUCAGGAUUCGGUACCGGAGUUGGGGGAGGACUAUUUGGAGCCAAACCGGGUGGCCUCUCCCUUGGUGCCACCAACAAUGCUACGGGCUUUGGUUUUGGCAGUGCAAACACUGGCGGUCUGUUUGGAAACAAAAUGACUACAGGGGGUCUAGGAGCUGGGCUUGGCUCCACCUUUGGUUCUGGGCUUGGAACAGGACAGCCGUCUCUCUUCGGAAACAGCCAGCCUGCGAUGGGAACAGGUCUGGGUGUCAGCUCCUUGUCCACCGCUCCUUUUGGUGGCGUUGGUUCCUCCUCGGGUUUCGGAACAACGCAGGGUGCCUUGGGGGCCGCACAGGCUGGGACGGCACAGGCUGUCAUUCACCAGAACCAAAUCACAGCCCUGGCGUACAACCCAUUCGGGGACUCUCCACUCUUUCGCAAUAUCGUCACAGACCCACAGAAGAAAGAAGAGCGGCUGAAACCGACCAAUCCGGAGGCCCAGAAGGCAUUCUCCACUCCCACACAUUACCGGUUGACGCCUCGACCGGCGGCUCGUCUGCGACCCAAGGCGCUCGGCUCUUCGGGAUCGGCAAAAGCACAGCUGUUCGACGGACUGGACGAUGAGGACGCCGCGCUGUGCAACGCCACGUUCAUGCCGCGGAAAAGUGUCAAGAAGCUUGCUAUAAAGAGCACACAGUCUCCAGUUUUCUCUCCGCUAUCUCACUCGAAGGAUCAUGAUGACCUGGCACCUCCCUCCGAUUACCCUGUCAACGGCUUGAGCAACGGCACCUCCAUGGCGCUACAUGCAAAUGCUGACGACACAGAUGUGAGCCGAGAGCUGCCGUCGGACAUGUCCUUGGGCACGCCGGGUGGCGUGGAGGUGGGCACGUCCACCAGGGGCCCGCCGCCCAAGAUGCACAAGAGCCUGCUCAACGGCUCCCUCGAUGGAUCUCUGCUGGCGCUGAACGUCCGACAGCGCGGUCGGAGCGCCAGUGGCGGUAGCAGAGGCGCCGAAGGGGGGGCGAUGGGAGGCGGGGGGAUGGAUCGGGAACGGGGCAGCGAAGAGUCGUCGUCUUCUGUGGUAGAGAAUUCGACCCACGACGACGAGGAUUACGAACCGGACGAGGAGCAACAAAGGAUGGUUCAGCCGCAUCCUGCAGGCAUUGUGCUCACACGCUUUGGGUAUUAUACCAUUCCUCCCAUGGAUGAGCUGGCAAGGCUUACAGACGAGAACAGAGACUGCAUUGUAAAUAAUUUCACCAUUGGCCGGCAAGGUUACGGUUCCAUCUGCUUUUCGGGGGAAAUAAACCUGAAGCUGCUGAACCUUGACGCGAUCGUGCACAUCCGCCGGAAGGAGGUGAUCGUGUACCCCGAUGACAACGACAAGCCUCCCUGUGAUGAAGGCCUCAACAGGAGAGCGGAAGUGACCCUGGAUGGUGUGUGGCCAUUGGACAAGACCACGGGCCGGCAUAUCACGAGCCCUGAGCGACUGAUGCGCAUGGCCUAUGAGGAGCGCCUCGAGAGGGCCUCCACGCGGCAGGGAGCGCUGUUCCGCGAGUAUCGGCCCGAGACCGGUUCUUGGGUCUUUGAUGUAAAGCAUUUCUCCAAGUAUGGCAUCCAAGAUGAUGAAGAAGACGAGGACGAAGUGGUGGACCCUUUAACGGGCAAAGUCCUGCCGGCUCUGCCGCCUGGCCAUGUGGUGGAGGGGAAGAAGUUGAAGACUGGGCUCGCUCCUCCGGCAAUGCAGCAGUCUCAGAAGCUCGUCUCGCAAGGAAAGCUUGGCCCCACAGAGCUGGGAGGCAAGGAACUUGGCGGGCUCGGUGGGGAGCAGGACAGCGAGAUGGCCGACAUCUCCCUGGAGCCGGUGCCACGUGGCUUCUACGUGGAAGACGACGACACGUGCGAGCUGCAGGGACACAUGGGUGGCUACGUCAAGGAUCUGGAGGACGGAGCGGAGCCCGUAGCUGCCUCCCACCACCUCGCCUCUUACCUGGGGAUGAGCACACACCGCCUGCAGGUGAUGAAGGCAUCGUUUCUGGCGGAGGAGGAGGAGGGAGAGGUGGAGGUAUCGCCGCAGCGGUUUGGUGCCGUCUCUCAUUUGCCAUCCUUCUCAGUGAUGCAAAAUGCUUCCUGCGCUGCCAAGCUUGCUGACAUGAGGACACUCCGCAGCCGGCUCUCGGGAGCACUGCUGCAAAGUAAGUUCGGACUUGGCUCCACUAUUGGGAUGGAUGCCACUGUAGUUUCACCGCAUAAGGAUCUUGGACAAGAACACCUCGCCACCAAACCUCGGAUUUUCACCAGAAUUCGUGAACCGUCUCACCACGUGACCUUAUCCAGGCCCUACUCUCUACUCUCCCCUCCUGUGGGUCUACCCGUUGACGGCAAGGCAGGCGGGCCUGGACGAGCAGCGGCCGCCCCUCAGCGGGCCUGUGGCCUCAUACCGGCCCAUAACUCGGUGGCCCAUGGUCGCCACUGCCUCGCCGAUGCGGCCCUUUAUGCAGGCCGCUCGUUUCGUGUUGGCUGGGGCCCCGGCGGAAGUCUUUGCCACGUUGGCGACCUUAUCGGAUGCACAAAUAGUGAGGAGCAAUCGACCGAUAGACACGAGGAGGUGGGGCUGAAUGCCUUCACACCAACACUGGUCAAGCGAAUUGCGCCAUCGCCGUUCAAGGUGCACGUGGAGUGCGUGAGCGUCUGCCCAUGGGCCGGCUCCGAGGGCCGCUACCGCAUCCAGGAGAAGCUGGAGAUUGCCCUGGAGGAGAGCGAGCGUGUGAACGAGCACGCGCAAUCCGACGCGAUGGAACUCGGGGCGGCCGCUGGCUCAGACGACAGGGAGCUCUGCUGCCCCCUGUUCCGCCCACGGCCAGGCGUGUCCUCGGUGCACCGCUACGCUCACUGGGUUGAGGAUGUGCUCGCUCAGGAGGCGGCAGCCAGCACCUCCGAAACUGACACUUUGAAGCAGUGGUAUCUGGUGUGGACGCUGUGCGAGGCGCUGUGGGGCCACCUGCAUGGCCGUGACAGAGUGGGAGACGACGAGGAUGACGUAGACGUCAGGGAUGAGGAGGAGGCUGCCAUGGAGGGUGUCGGGGAAGGUGGCGGUAGGGCGUAUGCCCAGCAGGCAGAGCGACGGGAGGCCCUGUCGCGCUGGCUGGAGCGUGCCGCCCUGGAGAAAGUCGAAGGCGAGGUGGCGCUCGGCGGUAACGGCAAAUUGUCAACCUAUGCCGUAUUCAGCUGCCUGAGCGGAAGGCAGAUCGCGCGUGCUUGUCGGCUGGCACAGGAUGCAGGAGACCAUCGACUCGCGCUACUCAUCAGCCAAGCCGUUGGGAGCAAACCAACCCGUCAGCUGCUGGCCUUGAACCUCUCCGAGUGGGGCAAGUUGCAGGUCGACCAUUACAUCAACAGCGAUCGCAUAGCAGUCUACACCCUACUCGCUGGCAAGCCGGUGUGGGAGAUGUCUGCGGGGGAGCCGGUGAACGUGUGCGAGUCACUUGACUGGAAGCGUUCGCUCGCCGUCCACCUCUGGUACAUGCUGAGCCCCAUGGUGUCGGUGGCUGAUGCCCUGAAGGCCUACGAAAAUGCAUUCGAGGGCUCGGACGAGUGCGAGCGAUACGCCUGCCGACCGCUCCCUCCAUACAUGGAGGACAACAAGUUGUGCCCUGUGGAAGAGGAGGAGAUGGAUGAGGAAGAGAGGAAGCAGAGGCGGCCAGUGAGGGAUGCCUGCUACCACCUGCUCAAACUCUACAGUGACAAACACUACGAUUUGGACCAACUGUGUGAUGCCAGCUCCGUCACCGCCGAUCCCCUGGAUUACCGGCUGUCCUGGCACCUGUGGCUUGCCGUUCAAGCGCUCGGCUACCAACAUCUGCCCGCUCGUAGCGCUGGAGCACUGAACGCCGCUUACGCUGCCCAGCUUGAGUCAGCUGGCCUCUGGGAGUGGGCGGUCUUUGUGCUCAUGAACAUCCCCGACGCAAGCUCCCGAACGAAGGCGGUGCGGGAGAUGCUGGGCAGGCAUUGCAGUGAGGCGGAGAUGACCGAGGAGGCAUUUGAGUUUGUGACGGGGCGCCUGGGUGUGCCGGCUUCCUGGCUCCAUGAGGCGCAGGCCCACCGAGCCCGGCAACUUGGAGACCACCGUGACGAGGCUCACCACCUGUUGCAUGCUGGCCUCUACAACGCUUGCCACAGGGUCGUAAUCCGCAACCUUGCCGCCGAUGCUAUCAUCAAUGAAAACUAUGGGUACCUCAAGACUUUCUUGGAGGAGAUGGCAGCACCAGAGAUCAGCAUUCACAUCCCCGACUGGGAGGUCGCAGGGCGGGUCUUCCUUGACUACAUCCGGGUCACGGAGACUCUGCUCAGGCUGCACAACGAGUCGGAAACGCCGGGUGCCGAGCUGGAGGCCCUUUGUACAGAAGUGGCUUUGCUGUGUCCACGCAUCGAAGAUGUCCCUUGUUUUUCUGCACGAGACCGUCUCAGCCAAGCAGAGAUGGCAAAGCAAACGGCAAACAUUCUGCGGGCGGUGAUGAGUUUGCAGCAGGGCGGGGGGGAGGAGGGCAGGGAUGAUGACAUGCGUCCUGGAGGACGCCUGGCCGGACUUCCACUGCACCCCUACGCACAGCACAUCGGGCAACUUCCGCUACCCGGCGACUAUGCGCUGCAGGAGCUGAGGACACUUGUGUCUGCGUACCGCCUGGCCCUCACCACAUGAAGAUGGGGACCCAAUGAGACAUUCAUUUCCCUGAGAAACCCCCGGAAGCUGUUUUUCCCGCUUUAUAAGUGACUUAACUUGGAGGAGUAAACUGUUGGCUUGACAUUUUUAACAAGAAAUCUGUACAGUCUUUAAGCUGUCAUAUUUUGAUUACUUAAUGCUAGUGUAAAAGAUAAUCUCCUAAUUUUUUUGAGCUGCAUGAAUUAUUCACUUUAGAGGUCUAAUGUGAUCUUUUGCUGGGUAGGGGAAUAAAACUAAUGUUUUUUCAAUACUAGUUUGAAUUUUCUGCACCUUGUAAGACCUGAAGCAAAAGUGAGAUAACAAAGACCACGAUUUUGGCGUGUAAACGCGAGAGUGCUCAUGUUUGUGUUUUCCACUGUUUAUUGUGGAAAAUGCAGUUGUUGGUCUGUCGAUGAAGAGCUAAGCUUUUUAGUCCUUUGGUCAAAUAUAAAUAUGCCAUCUCAACAUUGCUUGUGUUCUGGUUUUGGGCACUAGAUCUGCAAGUAUGGCUGUCAACGCAAUCCAAGGCCAUGUGCAGCACCUUGUCAGUGAGCACACAUCAAUAUUUGUUUUGUUGGGCAUCACAACCACAAUGGUGUGCUGUAGCCGAUUUUGAACAGGGUCACCAGAUGAUAAGUGAUGUUGAGGCUUUAUCAAGUUCAUGUGUAUUGGUAGGAUAUGUUUAUGCACUUGCCAGUGGUCUUGUUGCUGGAAGUUUCUGUGCGGUGGGGUUAUUUACAUCGAUCCACAACUUUCCCCCACCAUCAAAGAUGUAAACAUGUCUUGGAGGCAUGACGUACUGUCGCUCACCCGGUGCGUCAUUGGCAUGCGACGAUAUGACUGUUGAUUGCCACGGUUAUUUACAUGUGUGGUCUUGUUUUAGGCAUAAUUUGAUGCAAUUGGAUUUGGCCUAUUCACUGCCAAACAUGGAAUGGUUGCACAUUCCCGUAGUGAUUAAAAGCUGUAGAAAUGUUGCCAGCAAAGGCUGAACAGUUUAGUCUUAUCUGCUCGCGCAAUUAACCUGCCGGCACUCCAUGUGCCCUGUACUGGACUUGCAAACAGUGAGGCAUUGAACGAGCUGUCACCAAAUUUGAGUAAUUGAUCAUUAUCCGAUGCUUGUUCAACUGCAUCAAUAUUUCAUUAUUGCAUGUGAACAUCAUGCCCAAUCGAGUAGAUUUUGUGUAAAUCGGCAAUUUCUUAACAGUCUUAAUCUUCAGCAUCGCUAUGUCAGUCAUGCAUUGGAUCCAUAUGAGGGAAUUUAUUCCCUUGUGCUGUGAUUUAUGGGCCAUCCUAAGUGGCGCAAGCAGACUGUUUUUUUUUUAUAAAGUGACGUUGAUGGUAGAACAAGUCCAUGCCUCCUUGACUUCUCAAUUUUCCUCCCGAGACAUGGUCCAAAAAAAGAGGCCUUGACGUUGUAACCUGAACUUUCCACAACUGCUGUGACCUGUUCUAGAGCAGAGUGCUAGAGAUCUGCCCGGCAUGCCUGGGUACACGUCUAACAUGUGCGCCUUUCGUAUAUAUACUCUUUGGAAACUUAAUACCGAUGUUUUCAAGAUUUAACUGGUAGCAUAUAUAGGCAACGUUUAUAUUUUACUUUUGGGUUUUUUUUACGUUGACGUCGUUACGGGGCAGAAGCGUUUGACUCUUCUUCAGGCAGUGCGCUCAAUUGUACAUUUUAAUCUAUAGAGUCGUGGCUGUUUUAUAACGUGAGAGUGGAAAUCACCAGCAAGUUUGAGUGCGAGGUUGUGAUGUGUGGCAAUGGUUUGGGUGAGUAAAUUAAAGGCGACAUUUUGCGUUGGCGUGAAUGUGACCAUUUUUAAUUGGUGCGGCGUGAUUGAAAUUUUGUACAAAAACAAAAGAAACAAAAAAAGGAAACAAUUGUUUUUGAACCUCGGAACCAAAGUAUUACAUUUCAGUGAAAUUGUACUGAAGAGGUUGAAUGAAUUUUGCAUAAUAUCAAACUCUACUGCCCUGUACAUCGUUUUGUGGUUAUUGUUGUCCUCUGGAUACUUGAUAUUUGUGUGUGUUUGAUGACAUUUUAAUUUCAAAACAUGUAAUCUUCGUACUCCAGCAUUCAGUCGAGUGGUCUGGUAUGGUGUAUCGUCACCUUGGCCCGAAAAGGUGAUUGAUGUUGGCUGUUCCUUUUUUUACAGAUUUCAGUUCAGUUGAUGUUGGAAGGCCCGGAUGCUUUGCUCGGUAUGGUCAUGUUUAGCUGUACGUGUGGAAUGCAGAGAUGUGCGUUUCGUUUUUUGUAGGAAUGCGAAACUUGAGGUGUGCGGACUUACACUCGUCUGUGCGUGAGCGUGCGCGUAUAUUUAACGUGACUGCGAGAGCUUGGUCUAGCACGUGUGAAGUUUGGUAUGCUGAAUGUUUGGAGCUGCUAUGUUACUGCUCUUUUGAAUCAAUAAAGUUUCUCAGCAAAUCUGC